AUGGACGGCGACUCAGCAGCAAAGACAAUGGACCAGGGUGCCUCUGCAGCAUUGAGAAACGAUGAUCUUGGAUCCAAUGCCAUUCACGAGCAAGCUGUACCCAGAGGCGAGCCUGCGGGCGAGAAGACGACAGGCACUGGCACACCAGCCUUCAGCGCGGACGGUGCAAUCGGCAAGCAGUUCAAUGCUGACGGAGCGAUCGGUCAAGUUGGCGAGAAGGUCGGUGGACCAUUCUCAUCGCAGGGUGCAAUAGGAAAGCAGUUCACCGCCGAAGGCUCGAUCGGCGGCGCCAUCCAUGAGCAGUUGGGCAAGGGCGAGAACAACACCUUCCAGAAGUAG